AUGAACAUUCUCAAGAUAAAAACCCAUCAGUAUUAUAAAAAGAGUGAGGUUGAUAUUGAUUUAUUAAUGGCUACAUUGCCAUAUUGUGUAAGAAUUGUAAGUUCUCAAGAAGAAGAAAUGAAUGACAUAAUUAAAUUGGAAUUUGAUAGAGUCCAUUGUAUUCCUUUGAGCGAAUUAAUUUCAUAUACUGUAUUUCAUAUAGAAUUACAUUUUAGUAAUCUCUUAUUUUUAGAUUGUUACAUGGAUAGGUAUUUAAACUUAUUGAAAAAUUGAUAUUUCUAAUAGAAAAACUGAAUUAUGAAAAUGAAAAAAUCAAUUAAUAUCAUAUUUGGUUAAUAUUCAAUUAAGAACAUAAUCAAAGAUUAGAACUAUUGAAACUAUCAGUUUUAGAUUAUCAACUAUUUUAUUCAUUUCCUUUAUUAAAUAAAAAUAAAGAAGACUAAAUGUAAAUUGUUGAACUAAUUACUUAAAUUUUUAAUUUUUGUCAUGAUAUCCCAUCCAUUUUUCAUUUUUUUGAAUCAAAUAAGCCUUAUAAAAUAUAUGAAAAAGAACUUUAAUAAGGAUUUGAAUAGUUUAAAUACAAAUUUAUUGAUUAUUGUCAAAAUUAAAAAAAUAUUGAUCCAUAAACUUAAAUUGAUCGAAAUCUUGAUGUAUCUGAUUAAUAUGUAGAAAAUAAAGAGGAUUUAAAGAAGGUUUAACUGUUUAUUCAAUAAUAUAUAAAAUAAAAACAUGAUGUAACACCUUUAGAAGCUAUUUUAAUAGAAUUGUUCAAAUAAUAUCGAUUAUAAAAAGGGUUUUAAACUUUAACCAUACAUAAAUAAUAGAAUCUUUCAAAUUAUAAAUAAGAAGAUUUAAAAGGCAUCUUUGAAUUUAAAUAGGAAUAAUAAUUGAUUAAGAUAAUUUAAGAGACUUUUCAAAGUUUGAAUGAAAAGUAAGAUGUACUAAAGGAUUCUAUUCAAUAUGAAAAUUAUCCAUUUAAUUCAAUAGAAUUAAAAGAUUUAUACGAAUCUGCUGCUAUUAUCUAUUUUAAGCAUCAAGGAUAUUUUAAUUCUUUUGAUUAAUUUAUUCAAAUUGUAAUGCAAAUUAAUAAUAAAACACCAGUUUUUGAAGAUAAAAUCUUUUAUAUUUUAAAACCUAUUAUUUCUGAAUAUUAUUUUUCGAUUAUGGAGCUCAAAGUUUUGGAAUUGAUAUCUGAAUUAAUUUGA